CCAUUAUUAAUGUCAUCAGUAAUAGAGAUGUCCUAGAGCUGCAGAAACUAUAUGGAAACUGCAUGCAUUUGUUUUUUUAUGUUGCAAGAUUCUUGUGAAAUAUCUUUUGUCCAGAUGGUUUCAGAUUCUUCAGGUGUAGGUAUUAUAAAGCAGUUGACAAUUUUUUUUUUUAAUUUUUUUGGAAGGUAUUGUUCAAGUAUCAGAUAAGUAAUCAAAGUUGCUCGAUCAGGAAAAUGUUUUGAGUUUUGACCCUUAUUUUGGAUAUAAUUCUUCUUUCUCUUGUUUAUUUUUCACCUCCUAUUAACAGGUCGCUAUAGAUGUUUUUCAUUAUGAAACAUUUUGCUUUUAAGAGUAGUGUUUCUAACAUGAUUUUCUUUCUUUGUUAUACCGAUAAACAGUUUGCGGUUCUAUUAUGACACACUAAUGCAGAUUAACUAAACUUAACCACCCUUUGGCUUUCAGAUUUUAUCGGAAACCCCCCUGAAUCAAGAGUUUUCUGAUAAAAUAUCAAAGUUAAAGGGGUUUUCUGAUAACCCCUAAACUUAAGGUUUUUUUUUUUUUUUGAUAUUUGGAAAGUUAAGGGGUGGUUUGUUAUGAUAUUUAGCCAUGGUCGAAAUAAACUUUGACCUAUAGUCUGAAUCUGAGCUCACAUUUCUAUUCGUAUCUGAUAGCCUCGAUGUCUUUAUUUCUUAAAUAUACAAUAUAAAAAGAUAGAAAAGGAAUUUGACUCUUGGACUCUUAGGUAGGAAACAAAUAUGAACAAGCCGGGGGAGAACAAAUGCGUGUUCCGUGCGGUUCUUCUCCAUCUAAAAAAUGUGCGUAAACUUGAAAGCACAUGAUUUGGUCGGCAGAUUUGUUUAACAGCUUUACCUUUAAAUACCAUCUCCUUGAAAGAUGAACAAGCCGGGGGAGAACAAGAGAGGAAACUAGACCAACAAAAAAUGUCGAUUUUUUCGAGCUUUAUAUUGUCACCACCUUCAUCGAUCUUCAUCUCUUGCAUGUCGGUGAUCAAUAUCGUCGGUUUGAGCUUUUUCGGGAUAUCUGAGCUAUUUGGGCAACACCUCGGUUACUCGAAGUUUUGGAACGUUAGUAUAAAGAAGAAGAAGAAUGAGUUUACGCUGUCGAGCAGAACAGGGAUGUUGAUUCUCUAUGCGCCUGCAGCAGUUGCAGCCGCUGCCUCGUUCUUUUUGCCUGGUGCGGUGGUCGGUCUCAGAGCUCAGCUGGUUAGUUUGGCGCUCGCCAUUCAUUUCUUCAAGAGAGUCUUUGAGGUAUUGUUCAUUCACAAAUACAGCGGCCGGAUGCAACUGUUAUCGACCAUCAUCAUAUCCUCCAGCUACACGAUCAACACAAUUAACAUAAUCUACACGCAACAUCUCUCUCAAUCUCAAUCCAUACGCGAACCCGCUAUCGACUUAAAAUACCCAGGCAUUCUUCUCUCCAUCAUUGGCAUCCUCGGCAACUUCUAUCAUCACCUCCUUCUUGCAAAUCUCCGAGGAAAGGAUGAAAAGGGCUAUAAAAUACCAAGCGGAGGUUUGUUUGGACUAGUGAUCUGCCCGCAUUAUCUCUUUGAGAUCAUUGUUUUCUUCGGGUUGUCUCUCAUUGCACAAACAGCGUACGCGUUUUGCUUUACAGCGGGGACGGUGGUGUAUUUGAUGGGGAGGAGUUUGGCGACGAGGAGGUGGUAUGUUUCUAAGUUUGAGGAUCAGUUUCCUAGAGAGAUCAAGGCUUUAGUGCCCUUUGUUUUCUAAGAUACCUUGGUCAAAGGUUUAAUGUUGUAUGCAUAGUAUGCUUUUUUUUUGUGUGACUAUUAUAGUGUUGUUGAGUGUGUUUUCUUAUAAGGAACAAAUGUUGAAGGUUAAGACUUA